CAGACGGUCAGGCUGAACAUGUUAAAGCUAAUAUAGUCCUCGACCACAAACAAGUGGCAGCGAGAGACGUAUUAAACCCGCCGCUACGGGACAUUGUGUUGGGAUCAGGUGACAAAUUCGUUUUUAUUACAAUGGCAAGCUGGAAGAAUCACGUGCGUGCUGGACUGCAGCAGAGAGACCAACAUGAGAAACUCCCGUUCAUCGGCGUCUUCACAAGCUUGUCUCGGAUGGAGGAGCGUUUUGAAAUUCGCAAAGACAUUUUGGAUGAUGUUCAGUCCAAGAGUUUAGAAAGAGGUGGAUUUGAAGUUGGGAAAAACGUCAGACUCCUUCAACUCCAACUGAGAGAGAGUGAACACCUUGAAGAAAAGCUGUCUCAGACUGUCUCUGACCUGACCACCGUCCUACACCUGAAAGAGGCUGAACUGCAGUACUGGCAGUCACGUGUGUCCCACUACCAUAAAGAGGCACUUACCCUGGCAAAAGGGAGUAACAGCCUGAAGGCGACCCUUUCAGGAUUCGAGUACACCAUCGAGUGUCAAUCCAAAGAGUUGGCAGCCCUGCGUGUGGAACAGAAAGGACUACAUGAGGCAUUGGCACAGACUUGGAGAGAGAAAGAAGAACUUCUGGAGCGAUGGAUGCAGGAGAAGAGGGAGGAAGCAGACCGGUUGAAUAAAUACAACUACACACAGGAUAGAUGGCAACGUUUGGCACAACAGCUGAAGAAGCACCUCCAUAGAGAGAUGAAAAAGGAGUAUGUUCCCAUAGUGACGAGCUCUAGUGGUGGUGAAACUGAAACGCCUACAUCAGCCAUUCAGAGGAUCAAUAAUACAACAGAUAUACAUCAGGGACACUGAGUCCACAACUACGUCUCAGGGUUAGCAGAAGUCUAAUAUUCCCAUUGGAUCCUGGAGAAGACAGUUCUCAGCACAAAGGUUACCUCUCUUUACAUUUCCCCAUUUCUCUAAUCUCCAUUUGAGUGCAGUUGAAAAACUAUUUGCCCAUAUUUGAGGCCAGAAAGAUGACUACAGAGCAACCCUUUGAAACUAUGUGUUGGUUUCCUAUCUGUUGUUUUGAAUAACCUAAAGAUUUUUAUUCAAAGAUCCACCCUAGUCUCUAAAUAUAUUGUUUACUUUAAUUUCUACAUUUGCUGCUGUAACAUAAAUCCCCCUUUUCCAUAAUGUCGAUUAUCACUCCAGUUAACUUAUCACAUCUGGACUUUGUCCUGAUUCACACCCCUCACUGAAUAAUUUUAAAAAUCCUUCCACUCGUACCAUCUGAGGUGAUAAACCACCUCUCUUCAUCUAGUUCACAUCUUUUAAA